CUCCCCGCCGCUCCCUUCCUUUCCCUCCAUAUAGGCACCAUCGCAGGGGGGUGGCCCGCACUACCCCUCCCGUUCUUCUCCCCGCGAUGGAGGCCCGCAUGAGCCUCGCCCUUCUCGCCUUCGCCGUCUUGGUGGCGGCGGCGUCCGCCGCAGUCUCCGCGCUGUCGGAUUCGGAGGCGUCCUACAUCGCGCAGCGCCAGCUUCUGAGCCUCGAGAAGGGCGACGGCGAACUGCCGGACGACUUUGCGUUCGACAUCCGCGUCGAUGUCACCUUCGCCAAUGAGCGCCUCCGCGGCGCCUACCGCGCACUCCAGGCGUGGCGCGCCGCCAUGUACUCCGACCCCAAGAACUUUACUGGCGGGUGGGUCGGCGCUGACGUGUGCAGCUACUUCGGCGUCACCUGCGCGCAAGCGCUCAACGACCCCAACGUCACUGUGGUCGCCGGGGUGGACCUCAACGGCGGCGACAUCGCCGGGUACCUCCCCGCCGCGCUCGGCAAUCUCACGGACAUCGCCUUCUUCCACAUUAACUCCAACCGCUUCUGCGGCAUCAUUCCUGAGACCUUCUCCCGCCUGAUGCUCCUUCAUGAGCUCGACGUCAGCAACAACCGCUUCGUCGGCGGCUUCCCCAAGGUGGUGCUGCAGAUCCCGGUGCUCAAGUACCUCGACAUCCGGUUCAACAACUUCGAGGGCGAGCUUCCGCCGGAGCUUUUCGAGAAGAGCUUCGACGCCAUCAUCGUCAACAGCAACCGUUUCGUCGGUUUCAUCCCCGAGAACAUCGGCAACUCGACGGCGUCGGUCGUGGUGCUCGCCAAUAACAAGUUCGUCGGCUGCAUCCCGCGCAGCGUUGGCCGCAUGGCGGACACGCUCGACGAGCUCAUGCUCCUCAACAACGGUCUCGACGGCUGCAUCCCGCCGGAGCUCGGCGAACUCAUCAACACCACGGUGGUGGACGUCAGCGGCAACGCGUUCGUUGGCACGCUGCCUGAGGAGCUCGCCAACAUGAGCAAACUGGAGCAGCUCGACGUGUCGAGGAACAUGCUUGCCGGCGCCGUGGCGGAGCCAGUCUGCAAGCUCCCGGCGCUCGCAAACUUCAGCUUCGCCAGCAACUUCUUCAGCAUGGAGGCAGCGGCGUGCGUCCCGGCGGUGGACGGCGAGGUGACGCUCGACGACCAGGGUAACUGCGUCGCAGGGCGGCCCGGACAGAAGACGCCCCUCGAAUGUGGCCCUGUGCUCGCGCGCCCCGUUGAUUGCCGAACCAAUAUUUGCUCCGCGCGCCCGUCACCGCCCAAGCCGGUGCUCAAGCCGCCCCCGAAACCGUUGAAUGGCCCGCAGAUGCCGGCUCCCCCGCGGAAGCCGUUGCCCAAGCCAGAACCUAUGAGCUCGCCGCCACAACCGGCGCCGGUGAGCUCGCCACCGCCACCAGUGAAAUCACCUCCACCACCAGCUCCAGUGAAUUCACCACCGCCACCAGUCAAGUCUCCACCGCCACCGCCGCCGGUAAAAUCCCCUCCACCACCAGCUCCUGUGAGGUCGCCACCUCCACCGGUGAAAUCUCCACCACCUCCAGCACCGGUGAGCUCUCCACCGCCACCGGUAAAAUCCCCACCACCACCAGCUCCAGUGAGGUCUCCACCUCCACCACCGCCAGCACCGGUGGGCUCUCCACCCCCUCCUGUCAAAUCCCCUCCGCCGCCAGCACCGGUGAGCUCGCCACCUCCACCUGUAAAAUCCCCUCCGCCACCAGCACCGGUGAGCUCGCCACCUCCACCUGUAAAAUCCCCGCCACCACCAGCGCCGGUGAGCUCUCCACCUCCGCCACCAGCUCCAGUGAGCUCGCCGCCUCCGCCAGUAAAAUCCCCGCCGCCACCAGCGCCGGUGAGCUCUCCACCUCCGCCACCAGCUCCAGUGAGCUCGCCGCCUCCGCCAAUAAAAUCCCCGCCACCACCAGCGCCGGUGAGCUCUCCACCUCCACCAGUGAAAUCCCCGCCACCCCCAGCUCCCGUAAGAUCUCCACCACCACCACCACCCGUGAAGUCCCCUCCUCCACCGGCGCCAGUAAGCUCUCCUCCUCCUCCUCCUCCGGUGCCAUCCCCACCACCGCCUGCUCCAGUGAGAUCGCCCCCUCCACCGAUGCACUCCCCACCUCCUCCCGUGUUCCCCCCACCGCCACCAGUCGUCCCAUCGCCUCCGCCACCGGCACCAUCCCUACCUCCGCCAGCCCCACAAGACUUCAUACUGCCACCGAUCACAGCGCAGAAUUACGCGUCACCGCCGCCACCUCAGUUCCAAGGAUACUAAGCGUGAGAGAAGCCGGCGAGAUGCCAUGAGGACGACGAGGAGGAGCCAUCGCAACGCACUAGGGUGCUAUAGUCUCUUCUCGAGCAUGUACAUACGUGAGAGCUCUCCAUGAGCACGAAUGUCCAUCGGUGAUGUACUAUAUGUGUAAACGUUGUGCAAACCGCUCAGUGAACUGCGUGCGGGGAAAAGGAAGAAUGAAUGCUGAGUGCAAAACGAGAAACGGAGGGAGAUUAAUUAAUAUGGUCAUUACUUU